AGCUGCUCCUCCCACUGCUGUUGCAAGGAGGACAUGGCUGCUGCAACUCGCUUCUUGGAAUGGGUUUUUGCCCUGUAUUUUCUCAGCCAUAUCCCCGUCACUUUACUGAUAGACAUGCAAAUUCUUCUGCCUGCAAGUAGCAUCUACCCGCAGAAGCUGACGGAGAUGUUAAAAUGGUAUAUGGAAAGCUUUAAAGAUGCCAUGAUGCUGGAGUCUCCUGAAUGGUUUAGGACAUUUGUUUAUUGUGAAGCCUUCCUCCAGUUGCCUUUCUUUCCCUUUGCAGCAUAUGCGUUCUUCAAAGGUGGGUGUAAAUGGAUACGGACGCCUGCAAUUAUCUACUCCACUCAUGUAGCUACAACUCUGUUGCCUUGCCUUGCCCACAUCCUCUUUCACGACUUCUCAGAAUCAAAGCAGGGUCCUCAGACCCAGCAGGAGCGCCUCACCCUCGUGUCUGUAUACAUCCCCUAUUUGCUGAUCCCACUCCUGGUUCUGUUUACCAUGCUAUACAGCCCCCAAUACAACCAGGUGGAGAAAAAGAAAAAGAAAUAAAGAGAGUAGAUUGAAACAAC